AUGUCUGUCGCUGCUGACUCGUCCAAGACUCUGGAGCUGUUCCCACAGAGCGUUCUAGCUAAGCAUAACUCCAAGGAUGACUGCUGGGUGUCCACACAUGAGAGGAAGAUCUACGAUGUUUCCAAGUACUUGAAAGACCAUCCUGAAGAAGCCGAUGCUGUUCACAAGGCUCUAGAUGGUAAGCAUGGUACUGAUAUCUCCCAAAUGGAGUUGACUACUUUGAAGUUCGUUACCGACGACUACUUGGUCGGCUACUUAGCCACCAGUGAUGAAGAGAAGAAGUUGUUGACCAACAAGUCUCACAAGGUUGAAGUCAAGUUGAACGCUGACAACACCUUUGACUCCACCACUUUCGUUAAGGAUUUGCCAACUGAAGACAAGCUUUCCAUCACCACUGAUUAUGAAAGAGAUUACAAGAAGCACAAGUUCUUGGACUUGAACAAGCCUUUGUUGAAGCAAAUCUUGUUCGGUAACUUUACCAAGGAUUUCUACUUGGAUCAGAUUCACAGACCAAGACAUUACGGUAAGGGCUCUGCGCCAUUGUUCGGUAACUUCUUGGAAGCUUUCACUAAGACCGCAUGGUGGGUUGUCCCAACUGUUUGGGGUCCUGUUGUCCUGUACUUCAUUACCACCGCUCUAAUGAACAUGAACAACCCAUUGGCAUUGUUCUUAUUUGGUCUAGGUAUCUUCGUCUGGACUUUGAUCGAAUACUGUCUACACAGAUUCUUGUUCCACUUCGACGAAUGGCUACCAGAACACAGCAUGUUCUUCAUGAUCCACUUCUUGCUGCAUGGUUGCCACCACUACUUGCCAAUGGAUGCCUACAGAUUAGUUGUUCCACCUGCCUUGUUCGUUGUUCUGUGUGCUCCUAUCUACAAGCUGGUCUUCGCUGCUCUACCAUACUACUGGGCUUGUGCUGGUUUCGCAGGUGGUAUGCUUGGUUACAUCUGCUACGAUCUGUGCCACUACUUCUUGCAUCACUCUAAGAUGCCACCUUUCAUGCGUAAGUUGAAGAAGUACCACUUGGAACACCACUACAAGAACUACCAACUAGGUUUCGGUGUCACCUCUUGGUUCUGGGACAAGGUCUUCGGCACUUACCUAGGCCCAGACGCUCCACUAUCUAAGAUGAAGUACGAGUAA